AGAUACAGAUAAACAUGCGAUGAUGUGAAUUGUCAUAAGCCGACAUCGACAUGCAUUUGUGUGAAGCAAACAAGUGAAUCAAAGAAUUGAUGAUGGCAAAGCAGGAGGAAGAAGAAGAAGAAGGGUCAUCGCCAAAUGAAGCAAUUUUCUUCGUAUUGGCUUAUCUCCCUGUGUUUGAGCUACUGAGCAUGGCUCGAGUUUGCACAUCACUGAGAGAUGCCGUAAAGAAUGACAGACUGGCAUGGCUGAGAAUGGUGGUGGAUCGGCCUCUCAACCGCCGUGUCUCCGAUGAUCGGCUCGUCGAAGUUGCUUCCAUGGCGGAAGGUAGGCUUCAAGCUCUUGUUCUCAUCAACUGUCUCAACAUCACAGAUGAUGGCCUCUUCACACUUAUCCACCAUAAUCCUCUUAUCACCAAGCUCCACAUACCGGGGUGCACGAGCUUAUCAGCAGGAGGCGUGGUGAGAGCAGUGCAGCUGCUCACCAAAGACAACCACAGGCUGCGCAGCCUCAAGAUCAGCGGCAUCUACGGCGUCCGAAGGGAAGACCUGCAGACGCUACGCGGUCUAGUCGAGCACAACGUGACGCGACAAGAGAGAGGCAAGAUGUUAUACCACCACCACAACAAGAUAGAGAGUGAUGAUGAUCCUUGUAUUGAUGUCGAUAUAUGCCCAAAGUGCAACGAUGUGAGAAUGGUUUUUGACUGCCCUCGACACCUCUGCGAAUGCAGAGGGUGCGACUCGUGCAUCGUGAGGUGCAUCGAGUGCGGUGUGUGCAUCAAAGUUAUUGAUCAAGAAGCGGAGGCUGCUGCCUGUGCAGAUGCACUGUGUUUGACAUGUUGGCUUAAGCUGCCAAAAUGCAAUUUCUGCAAUAAGCCAUACUGCAGCCUACAUGCCAAUCACCAAUAUAUACUCUUAGAUUCUCCAGGAUUUAUCUGUGCUACUUGUCACUCAAAAUUCAAUUGAAAACACACACAAAGCCCAGAUCAUGAAUCAUUGAGAAAUUGAUUUUUUUUUUUUGUUACACAAAUGAAUGAAUCAAUACUUUCUCUGCUA